AUGUCUGACCAAACACCUUAUCACGCAGAGUAUUUGUCUAAGCUUGGCCAAAUGUCCGUUACAGUGCAGGUCCAAACUGAUUUGAAGUUACAGCAAGUUCUGGACAUUAAGCUCAUCUCGAUAGAUACUAUGAGUAUUAACAUUAAUGACGAUGGUAACAAUAUCAAGUCUCCCUUACAAAUCCGACUACCGGUUUGCAUAAGUCAAUUUAGUAUAAAAAGUGCACGAGUGGUUGGAAGAAACUUGGCUCUUUCAUUAUCUGUGCAAACUAUUGAAAAAUGUGAUGAAAAUGAAAAGGCAUCGAACGAGAUUGUAGAUGAUCUAUGGUCAUGUAAAUGGUUGAAGAGUGAAACACCAACAAUAGAUAAGAAAAACGUGUUCCAAUUUGUAUGUUUCAAAUGUAAACAUCUACUUAUAAAUUCACAAAACCAUGUUUUCAAAGAUAUGCCGAAUGAAUACUGGUACGAACUAAUGGACUUUUGGCACUGUCACAAACCUGAAACUGGAGAGUUUAACGAUAAGAAUUUCAACACUUUAAAACCAAGCGAUAAUGCCACAGUACUAAUUGGAUCAUACUAUUUAUUACAGCUCCACAAUGAAUACUUGGAGAUUUCAAAGCUUGACCCAAGUGUCUAUAUUUGUCGCAAUUGUGGGAACGAAAUUGGAGAAAAGUACCAAAACAUUGUGCGUCUACUUAAAUGGCAUAUAUCGCUUCAACGCCUAGAGCUUCUGGGACGUGAUGUUGUUUUCCUGGAUUACAAUCCCUUGCUAUAUUGUAUAGGCUUGCUUAAAAACAAGGUCAAUUCGCUGGCAAUACGCAAGUUUCAAAUAGAAAAAAAUGAUAAACACCACUACAUCGACGGACCAAUGUACAUUUGGAUAAUAAGCACGGAAGUAGAUGUGACAAUCAAUGGAUCAACGAUUCAUGAUGGACUUAAGAUUUGGUAUACAACCCAAGAACUCCCACCAGAUGAAGCAACUGGAUAUGAAGAGAUCGAAAUACCUUACAAAGAGGCAAGAGAUUCCUUUUUCGCAACUGUGAAAAAGAACACCAUCAAAAACGAUAUGUCUAUUAAAGGAUCAAUAUUCUCUGAAAGUUACAUAGGUGUGCAAAGAAAAUGA